AUGGCUGAACAGCCGGUGUACAGACCAGAGACACCCCAAGACCCCCAACGCCUGUGGAUCUGGGAGAGGCACGUGUACUUGGAUGAGAAUAAACGAAGCUGGCUGCCCAUAGUCCUCAAGACUGAUGAAAAAUUCCAGGUGAUCUUGCGCCAGCAAGACGUCCCCUUGGGGCUUGCUAUGAUCCCUGAACAGCUGGAGGCAUACGAGCUGCCUUUAAUGUGGCAACUAUACCCAGGGAAAAAGUACAGAGGCAGUGACUCCAUGCUCUGGCAGAUACUGUACCACAUCAAGUUCAGAGGCGUAGAAGACAUGCUACUUGAACUGAUGGAGUCUGAAGAAUAUCCAUGA